AUGCCGACUUUUCGCCGCACAGCAUCACGCUCAAAGACCAAGGAACGUCUUCCUCCUUACCAAGAAGCACCAAAGUCGAGACCGAACUUGCAGGUUACAACGUCCUUCUCGCGGCACAAAGCGGGAGCACCGGAGCAGGUCUUUCCACAAAAAGGAAACCCUUCUGAGGCCCGCUUCAUCAACCUCAAAGAUGUGCGGUCUCUUUCAGCCGAAUCAGUCCCAAGACAGACCACCCAGCAAACAGCAGCCUCGGAACAACAAUUGAACGACGGCACAUACGCGCCACCACUGGGCAACAAGCCAAAAGUCGGACCGCAUCCUCUCCUCCACCGACGCAUCAAGGGCUUGCGUCCAUUGCCAUUGAGCUUGGCCACAGAUGUUUCGCCUUCGGACCGUGCCAUCCCCAUCGGGAUCGAAGUACCCUCAAACACAGCUGUAGCUCAUUAUGACAGCCCACAGAGUGGUGCACAGUUGGCUACCGGGAGCAGCAAGGAACUACCAACGCCUACCAUCGUGAUCACUCCAGCGAAGGAGGACUUUGACCACACUAUCCAUGCAUCGCCGGAAGACAUGAGGGGAUGGCCGGGUCCGCGCCCAGCUUCCAGUGUAUACUCUACCUACCCCAAACAUCCCGGUGGCCGUAACACCAAUGGAACGCCACCAGUUCCUCCUUUGCCAUUGUUCGCAUCUCAGAGCAACGCAUCUCUGCAAAGACCUUCUGGCUAUUCAGGGGGCUUGGGCAGAGCUGUCAUAUCCCAAACGCCACCUACGAGGAAUAGCGCGCUGUCUCUGCAAACAGUGUUCGAAGAUGAGCCAACGGCAGCUUUGCAGACUCGCUCUGCUGAUUCGAAGCGUCUCACGACCGCUUCAUUCGUAUCCCGGCGCAGCAAAGGCUGGUGGAACUUGAUCACGUCUCCAUUCUCGCCUUCUGGAACCAUUGCGCAGUAUCUUCGAUCUCCGACCUAUACUGGAGAUGAAGAUGAUGGAGAGAGAACGCCCAUGUUAGCUGGAGCGUCUGGCAUGCCUCGAUCUCGCAACCACUUUGCCAACCAAGACCCGGCAAGCGAUGAGCCGCGAUCCGCACCGGAACUCCAGACAGCUGGUCUCACAGGUCUGGGCUACAAAGCAGGCCCAGACCACCCGGCGCCAAAACGCUCUAUUACUGCUCCAGGGGCUUUGGACAUGGGAGCCGCGGAUGGACUGAACAUCUACCGCCGCCCAAGUAAAGGCGCUGCCCGUUCAUACUACGACAGCAACAGCCCAAACUCUGAUACGAACGAGGUCGGUGAAACUAGAGGACUGGCAGACGAUGGCUGGAGCCCUUCACAAAGCUGCUACCGUCCAUCUCGCAGUAGCUUGCGGAGUUCGGUCGACAGCGGUAUGCGUGACAGCCAGUUCUACGUGCUCCCGGACGACGGAGAAGCUGCGGAGUACUACAACCCCAACAAAAGGUUCCCCAGCCUGGCUCCGUACGGUGAGGGAUUUGGCGACAGAGAUCUAGACGGCUGGGAUCCGAGAAAUAGUGUGGCUCCUGUACAAGGCGGCGGUAGCUUGAAGGCAGCGAGCAUAGAAGGAUCUUUGGUGGAAUCUCCCGCAGAAACGGACAGCUGUCGCUCAAGCCGCAGUGGCAGUAUCGUCAGCUUCGAUGACAGCGAGUCCUCGUUCGGUGGUCCCACCCCUCCUGCCGUGGCAGUCCCAGAGCGGCCACCAUACCCGGACGACAAGAGCCCAUUCGACGACAUUUACGAAGCAAAUCAUGAGGAGAGUAGCCGAUCGGUGCCUGGCGGGCCAGGAGUGGCACCCACACCAAACACCGGUAACACAUCAGCAUUCAACGACUUUAGCGGCACCCAUCCAGCUGCGCGAGGCGCUGCAUUCACUUUCGCAAGUCCUCCGGUAGAAGCUGUCAACCCACGACCAAGCAGCAUGCAACGACAAGAAUCUGAUGACAUGUUCUCGCCUCUUGAGACACCCCAGGUGGAAGAAGCGCGAACAGCGACUCUAAUGGCGCCUGAAUCUCAUAGGGAGGUGGAAGUCGUUUCAAGUCGGCAGCCCACGCCAGCACCUGCUGGAACUGGCCUUGGUAUUGGAAAUGCUACCAUGGCGUCUCGUGGACCAAGUGAGUCGGAGGAUGGCAAUUCUCUUGCAUUCGAGCCUGUGUCAGAGAAGCCUGCGAUGUAUGGGUACCAAGCGCCACUAGCGCGGAACGACGAUCGCAGCUACGGUGGGUAUGCGUAUCACGACAGAGACAAUCUGUACCCGCCAUCGCGGGUGCUCUCUGAGAAAGCGAAUUUCAGCACUACCAGCUCCGCCAGAGGACCAGAGAAAGAAGACACGGGCACUCCUACCAAGAGACCUUGGUACCGACGAUUUUGCCUCUGCCUAGCUGGACUUGUAUUGGUGCUAGUUGCGGCGCUCGUCGUGCUGCUGAUACUCUUCCUACCUCGCGGACACGACACGGGUCCAGUACAAGCCCAAUGGCUCAACCUGACCGGCUUUCCACCACUGCCGACUGGCAUGGCGACGGUGAUCCAACCGAAGCCGGUCCAGCAAGUCAGUGGCUGUGUGAGCCAGGAUGCGUUGUGGAGUUGUGCGAUGCCUCCGGAUGAGGGCUCAAGACGGACGGUACCCGACUUCAGGUUUCAGAUACUGUUCAGAGAUGGCAUCUUACCUUCGAACGAGACGGCGAUUGAGCCUUCUAACUCGACGCUUGCCCGGCGUGGGCUGGGUCAUGCAUCUGGUGCGAACCAGGUCGCACGCCGGAGUCUCUUCUCCAGUCAGCUCUUUAUGUCCUCUCCAGCUCCGCCUUCGAUUGAUGAUCAGAAGAUCCUCGGCCACACGACAGACAAACUCAGCGCUCCAUAUGAUGGCGAAGCGACUCCGUUCUACAUCUCCCUCUUGAAUGCUUCAGCACUGACGGAGAGUUCCUCAUCCAACCUCAAGAAGCGUGUGAAGCGUGACUGGCAGUACCCAUACCCUACCCCCCAGAAGUCCAACGCCACCUCCAGCGGCUCCAACUUCAAAUACCCAGGCCAAGGACCCUCCGACUCCAACUCCGCAAGCGAAGCCGCUGAAAACAUCCCCAAAGCCGCAGAAGGCUCCGACCACGCACCAGCGCCCGCUGAGCUGUACCCGUUGCCCUCCUCCCAACCACUCCGUCUCUACAACCGCGGCAUGAAUUCAGAGCACUAUGGGUUUUACACCUACUUCGACCGCUCGCUGUACGUCUCCUCCCUCGCCAACUCGAGUACGUCCAGCAACAACAUCACCUCCGCAACCACAACCACCUCCACGGGCAACGUGCCUUUAGAAGACGCCUCAGCCGUCUGCACCUGGUCGCAAACUCGCCUGCACGUGCAGAUCUGGACUCAGCGAGCAGACGUCGCUGCGCUCAACGCCACCUCCUCUUCGGCGACGAAAGUCCCGGCGGUCGAUUCUUCAGCCAACGACAUGACCGCGCCGGGCUCGUUCCCAUAUUCCGUCACGAUCACGCUAGAUCGACACGGUGGUGAUGCGAGCAAGAAAGGCGUCUACUGCCACUCGCUAGACGACGAGCAGCACGUUCUGCAAGACGUGCGGACGUGGGUCGUUGAAGACAGGAGUUUUGGGGGCGAACUCGUGCACGCAGCGGCUGUGCCGACGAAUGGCGGGCUGGUAGGGGGGAAAGGACGUAAUGAAAAUAAUGAUAAUGGGAUAGAUGGUGGGACGGGAGGAUGCAUGUGUCGGUGGCAGAACUGGGGGUAA